AUGUCCUCACACGCGUCAUCGAGCAUACAGCAAAGUCGAUUUCUACAAUACAACCAUCCGACUCCAGCGGCCGUAAACUUCCAAGGCUACCAAUAUCGCCAUCCUCAGCAGUCACCAUCGGCCGAGCAUACGAACACCUCCGAACAUCAGCUUCUCGACGCCGCCAUAAUAUCCGACGCAAUCUCGCAGCUGCAAAAGUCCAUCCAGUAUACUUGCAUGAAUAACUUCACACCCGAUUUCCGAAGACAGUCACAUCAGCAAUAUAUCGCAACAUCCGCUGCGUCUGGGUAUCCUUAUAACAGCAUCUCGGCCCCGAACUCCUCAACGGACGCGUCGAACGGAUAUACUGCCUGGUCGGCCUACCAUAGCAUGUCAGGUCCGAGCGCAGCAGCAACCCAGUCUUUGAUACGAGGGAGGAGUCAUCAGCGCACUCCAUCGGCAUCGACAGUCGGCUCAAACGGUCCUCUCUCCCCGUACGCCCAGAACUACGGCAACCCGAUCAUCGCCAACACCGAUUUCGACCCGAAUACUUCCGUGUACCAAUACCCAGAUCAGACGGAAAGCUUCUCGAAGAAUUUAUACUUGAGCGACAACGGCUAUAUGAGCACACCUUAUACGCCCAGUAUUGCCGCUCAUACCGGUGGAGCCCAUGAUGCUAUGAAAGAUUUUGCUAUCGAUCAUCACAACGGAGAGUUCGCAUCAGAUCUUUCCGCUAGCCAAAGUAUGUCCAGUCGCGGACGCAACUCACCUGCCACGCCACCAACUGGUGCUGUCGAAAUAGCGCAGAGUGGUCAGUAUGCUCUACCUCAGAAUGGUGAGAUCCUUGCCAAAGAGGUGAUAGAUGACUACGGUGGCUUACAUUUUGGUGAUGCAGAUUAUCCGCAGACAAAUCCAAACGUACAGCUCUGGAGAACAGACUCACAAGCUUAUCAGGAUGAGCUUUACAACCCACCUACCACGAUUCACAGCCAUGUCCCUGCACCUGCGCCGAACAAGUCAGCAUCCAGCUUUCUCUCGCCACACCGCAACCUCAUGACUGAGCGAUUACAAACCGCGAAUCUAGCGAGAUCACAGUCUCCUACAUCUUCCGUCUCACGAGAGCGGUCGCCGUUUAGAGACAACUCUCCACUCGCACCUGCCCGAAAUUGGCAAUCGCCUGCACAAGCGGUGGGUGGUAUGGGCACAGCAGCCAGCAUACGGCAGCAACAGAAAGAGCAGGCCGAGCAAGCAGAAUUGGCACAGCACAUUCCCCAAUUGAACCGCGAGGCCACCAAGACGAUCUCACCCAAGGAUGCGCUGCUAGAAUACAACGAGGACCAGCCAUCUCUGUUCCAAGAUAGUGUCCCAGCUGGGUACAAGCAGCACAACAGUGGCACAGAGCAGUGGCAAAGCAACUUCUUUGGUCCAACUGGAACGAGCUUUAACGCGUUACAGGCGCCUCCCAACUUUCGCGCCACCACAUCAGCAGACGGAUACUCCGGGCCUGAUCCCUUGGCCUACCAGCCUUUGCCACCCUCUGACCAAGGCCAGCUACAAAACAACUCGUACCUCACCACCACCUACCCGGUUACAAAGAUGGAGUCUAAUCCAGAGUUUCCGGCCCACCUGACUACCAUGGAGUCAUCGAUCAGUGAUAACGGUCCACUCCUAUCAUCACAAGACAGCAUCGCCAACACCACGUCUGCGCCACAAAGGCCAGCAGAUACUCGGGCUGCUACCGGUACAUACACUUGCACCUACCACGGCUGCACACAGCGCUUCGACUCGCCAGGCAACCUUCAAAAGCACAAGCGUGACUUCCAUCGCUCGCAGCACCAGCACAACAGGGACACGAGCGUUGUAAGCGUCGCACCAAGCGAGGAGGCCGCGUCACCCGCCACCAACCACGAGGGCUCAGACUCGGCGUCACCAAGUCGGUCAUCUGGCUCACCUGCGCCUUCAGCGAGUGGCAUGACUUCUGCUGCUCUCCUGGCACGCAACUCGCAAGCUGGACCACACAAGUGUACGCGGAUCAAUCCUUCCACUAACAAGCCUUGCAAUACCAUCUUCUCAAGACCUUAUGACCUUACACGGCACGAGGACACGAUACACAAUGGCCGGAAGCAGAAGGUCAGGUGUCCUAUGUGUCGUGAGGAGAAAACUUUCUCACGAAACGAUGCGCUUACCAGGCACAUGAGGGUGGUGCACCCAGAAGUCGAGAGCUUCGGGAAGAGGAAGAGGGAGUGA